UGAGGAGUUCCUGGUGAAUUUUGGCAUGUUGGAGGAGUACACAAGGUACCUGUACAGUCUUCAGAUAAAGAAGGACCUGACUAGUGGCUCCAUGGUGUGUAGUGAGAACACUGCAGCUCUGAUAGCCUCCUACAUUGUACAAGCUGAGAUUGGGGACUUUAUCAUAGAGGAGUAUCGAGAUUACACGUACUUGAAGGUGCUGGGUCCAUUUGUUCCAAACCAAACGGAGGACAUGUUGAAGAAAGUCGCAGAGUACCACAAACAACACAUUGGGGAAAGCCCUGCGGAGGCUGAGGCAGGACUCCUAGAUACAGCCAGAAAAGUAGAAACUUACGGAAUGAAACUUUGUCCAGCCAGGGACCACGAGAAUGUGACCUUGAGUCUGGCAAUAGCUCACAUGGGCAUCUUAGUCUUUCAGCAGUUCACUCGCAUCAACACAUUCUCAUGGGCAAAAAUAAGAAAACUCAGUUUCAAGCGAAAGCGCUUCCUCAUCAAACUUCAUCCAGAAACGUACGUCAGUGGACAGAAAGGUUAUUACAAGGACACAGUGGAGUUCUUCUUUGACAGCCGAGACUGCUGUAAGAAUUUCUGGAAGAAGUGCUUGGAACAUCAUGCUUUUUUUCGCUGCCAUAGAAUCAAACCAGUGCCAAGAAACAAGACACGACUAGUUAGUCAUGGUUCUUCAUUUAGGUAUAGUGGAAGAACACAGAAACAGCUGAUGAGCUAUGUACGAGAAAACCCCAUUACUCCACAGUUCCAAAGAUCUGUUAGUGGUAGGAUCUCCUCCAGUCGUAGUACGAGCGUUACACCAAAGAUCACCUCCAAAACAAUGAUCCACAACACGCCGGACACCAACAACAGCCUGGCGUCGAGCGGUUCCCAUCUGGCGCAGAUGGAGCGGGUGGUGACCCCUGGUCGGAGUGACCACAACGACACCCAGAGUAUGGACAGUUCACUGUCCGGGAGCCACUCCCUCCACUCGCCCAAACUGGACCACGUUCAGAAGAGCCGGGAGGGGACCCCCGGGGCCGAGGAAGAGGGGGAGCAGGAGGGGGAAAACAAUCCCCUCAGAGAUUUACCUCCCCCUUACCCAGGCUUUGCCCACAUUCAGUCCUCCCCCGAGCCGCUGGAGAGCUACGGUGCCUUUGGAGACAGGAAGUUCUCGGCGCCUGUCCUGGGCUCCAAUGAUAUGCGGGGCAUAGACCGACAGGAAGAUCAUCACAUUGUCCGAAGCGAUGAAGUCGAAAACAUUCCAGAAACUGUGCAGGAAGAGCCCGAUCUCGAGGAAUUCCCACCCCCAAUGAUAAGGAGCAAUACUGAUCUCAACAGAAUGUCCCCGCUCCCCGUGGAGACCCCCAUCGUGUAUCAGGAAGAGGACGACUACCCUCCCCCACCUCCCCCACCACUGAAUGAAAGUGACCUCCAUCUGACCCCUGUGAACCAUAGGUCAGUCCCACCUGAGUCUGUGAUUAAUCAAACCGUGAUAGAGGAUCAUGGGAUACACGGCAAUGUUAGUAUUCUCAGCUCCUCCAGGACGGAGGAUUCUGAAGAUGAUCCAAAGAAGAAAAACAAGAGACACCUAGUGGACAGAGCUUACUACAUUGCCAAGGAACUCCUAAUGACAGAAAGGACCUACAAGAAGGACCUAGAAGUCAUCACCAUGUGGUUCCAGAAUGCUGUACAUUUUGAGGAGGGAUUGCCGGACUACCUGACUAACUUGUUUGUCCAUUACGGUCCUCUGUACGACUUCCAUUGUCAGUUCCUUAAAGAAGUGGAUCAGCGACUCUCCAUGUGGGAGGGCAAGUCCAACGCUCAUUUAAAUGGAGACUACCAGAGGAUAGGGGACAUUAUGACAACCACAUUUCCAAAGGUUUUACCACUUUAUAGAAAUUAUCUACAACGACAGGAAGAAAUUCUCUUGGACCUGGAGCUGGCGUUAAAGUCCCAUAAAGCUUUUGAAGCCAUGUACAGAGACUUUGAAAAACAAAAAGUGUGUUAUCUCCCUUUGAAUUCCUUUCUCCUUAAGCCAGCACAGAGAAUUCUACACUACAAACUUAUUAUGGAGCGUUUAACAAAACAUUACACACUUGACCAUCCAGACUUUUCUGACUGUAAAAAUGCCUUAAGUCAGAUAAAUGCUGUGGUCUCGGAAUUUAGUGAUUCGAUAAGGUCACAGGAGAAUCUCCAGAAGCUGAUAGAGUUACAGAGAGAUUUAGUGGGGAUAGACACACUUGUUCACAGAGACAGGAUCUUCAUCAGAGAAGGAUGUCUACAGAAAUUUUCCCGUAAAGGUUACCAGCAAAGAAUGUUCUUCUUGUUUUCGGAUUUCUUGGUGUACACUAGUCGAGUGGCGUCCUCUGUUCUCCAGUUCAAAGUUCACGGCCAACUUCCUCUGCGAGGAAUGAUCGUAGAGGAGUCAGACCAUGCUAAAAUGGCAGUAGCCAACAGCUUCGCAAUCUACGGUGGAAAUAAAUGCAUCUUAGUGGCAGCAAGCUAUCAAGAAGAAAAAGACAAGUGGAUUGAAGAUCUGAAUGCAGCCAUAAUACAAGCCAAGAGUCGAGGGGAUGAUAAAUUCCGAUAUCCUAGUCUCAAAUCCUCAACAAGUUCCUCGGACAAUGUAGGGGUGGAUGGAGAAGUUAACGGGGUGUCACAAGACAAGAACGUCCAGCACCGGGCCAACACCACCAUGCACGUGUGCUGGCACCGGAACACCAGCGUCAGUAUGAGGGAUCACGAGAGAGCAAUUAAGAACCAGUUGAGUGGGUACCUACUGAGGAAGUUUAAAAAUAGUAACGGCUGGCAGAAGUUGUGGGUCGUUUUCACCAACUUUUGCCUUUUCUUCUUCAAAACAUAUCAGGAUGACUUCCCCUUAGCCAGUCUGCCGUUGCUUGGUUACGCUGUAAACACGCCGGAGGAGGAAGAUGGCAUUCACAAAGACCAUGUGUUCAAGCUUCAGUUCAAAAAUCAUGUCUACUUCUUCAGAGCAGAAUCUGAGUACACAUUUGAAAGGUGGAUGGAAGUGAUCAACAGUGCAACAAACAGUGCCAGGAGAAUUCGCCUCUUUAGUCGAUUGGACAGCAAUCAGCCAAUCAGCUCUUAGCAGUUCUUCUAUUGGACAGAAAUUAACCAAUCAGUUUUCAGCACAAAGCUUUUUUUUUUUUUAAUUAUUGAAUCAUGGUAUUGAAAUAUGUUUAUUAGAACACAUACAGCAGAAGUGGAUUUUGCAGUGAAAAAUAAUUCAUUAAAUGCAACCACCAAAAAAAAAAGCCUCAACAUACAAUGUUACAUUUAUUGGUACAUGUACUGUGGAACUGCACCAUAUCGUAUCAAACUAAUGUGAACAAGGAUUCCAUCAAAUUUACACAGAGAUCAUUUGCCUAGUCAAGCUAUUCGCACUUUUAGUUUUAUGUUUUGUUGCAUCUUGUUUUACAUGAAUAGGUUUUGAAUUUUAUUCCCCCUGCCAGCAGCUGUAUUAGAAUCUAUGCAAUACAAUACAAUAUAAAUCGUGUUUAUAUUUGAUGUAAUAACAAAUUAUAGACAUUAGGAAUCAAAAAUGACAACAUGCAUCCAUGUAAACACACUUCCAUAAAGGGCCCGAGCCAGAUCUAAUGUACAAUGUUAUUCAUAUGCUGCUACUUUUAAUUUCAUACUCAUUAAGCGUCACCCACAAUAACGUGUGUAACCAGUGUAUUUUAUUUACGAUAACUCUGUAUUAUGCAAUUAAAGGAGGAAAAAAAAAAUUACACAGAAAGGAAUAACAUAAGAAUUAAUGGCAGCAUUAGAUAUGUCUGUGUUGUGUACCCAUUCCAGGCUAUACAAAAUACUAGAACAAUGUAUCGAUGUAAAAGUAGAAAUAAUGUGUUUAUUGUAAUAAUUAUUUUAUCAUACUUAGGUAUUCGUUAGGAAGUUAUAUUAUUUUUUUUUUGUAUAAACAUAUUUAAGGUAUUAUGGACAGAGUUACUCCUUUUAUAAUUUCUACAAAGCUGCAAAAUCUGGCCUAGGGGCAGUAAAACUUAGACGAGCUCACUUUUGAUCUCGGUCUAACUUUUCCCAAAGCAACUAACAGUGGAAAAGUGAGACUAAGCUCAAAAGUGAGUUUGUUUAAGUUUAAUGGCUCCUAGGCCUGCACUAUGGUAGUGAUUUUUUUUAAUUUAGAAAGUUUCAACUAUAAAAUUUUUAGUGUAUAGUCUCUGUUUUGUAAUAGACUGUUCUAAGCUGUCUACUGUGACUAUAUACCGAAGACACAUGAACUCUAUAUGAAAUUUUGUCGCCUAAUUAAGGAAACAGUUAAUUAUUAAUUACCAUUUAUAAUCAGGUUAGGGAGCAUUUUAUUCAAAUACACAAAAACCUUUACAUGCUUCAAUUUUGUUUUGUUUUUAAUUUCUGAUAACAAAAUUAAUUUGCUAUUAGCCCAUUAAAUUUCUCUAAAAACUUAGAAAAUAAAAUGGAUUUGUAGCCUUUACAAAAUUUUUUUAAAGCAGUAUUUCAAUAAGGACUUGGCUAUUGCAUCCUUUUUUUUUGUAGGAAUGUGAAGUUUUUGUUAUACAUUUAGCUUUUUUGUUUACAAUUUUAUUUUAGUUUAAGGUUGUUGAGAGAGGAAUUUUUAUUUAACCUUAUUUUUACAAGAGAUUUAUUUUCUACUCUGUGAUUUUGUGGAAGAAAAUUUUUAAUUAAUAUUCUAAUUCUAUAUAUUUCUAAAGGGGAAAAAAUUAUCAGUUUUAGUUGCCUAGCAACAAAUAUUUUGGUGAUUGAAAAUGAGAGAUUAUAAAAUGAUCUCUUGAUAUGCACAUAUUUAUUUCACCUUUGCUUAAAAGGGGAAAGUUAAUUUACCAAAAUGAAAAAAAAAAUGUGCUAAUUAAACUUUAAAUAUUUGCAAGCUUGUUCAAUUCAUCUAUGAUUUAUAUCAAUGCUACAUGUAGAUAAAAAGCUAACUUUCUGAUGCUUUUUGUUUCUUGAAGUCUGUGUUCAUUGGUAAUUGAUGUUCUAAACACUUCACUGAAGAAGUAUUGACUAUUCUUUAUGCAUUUAAUGUACUUGAAGAAAGGUGCAUGAUAUAUGUACCCAUUUUCCAUUAUUGAUGAAAAAAAGUAUAUUUUAUUUCAGAAUGCAAUAUAACCUUUGUUGUUUUGAACUUAUGAAAGACAAUAAUGUAUUAGAAAAUCAAGAUCAUGUUUAAUUACAUGUAUAGGAGGUUGUCUUUAUACAUGUAAAACUUCGACACAAGGAAUUUUUGUAAAACAUAAAUGUAUCUGGAAUAUUUAUUUUUCCUGGUGCUUAUAUAUCUAGAGAAUUGUACAUAAGAAAUACACAACAUGUUAACUUGUGAAUACUUUAUAAAAUGAAAUGAAUUUUUUUUAACAAUAAAUUACACUUAAAAUUAUCA